CUAACCUUCAAAUCGCCAAUAAUGUCGUAAGGUAAAAUGCAAUAUUAUGUAUGACGAAGGGUUUCACAGGAGGAUAGCUACUCUUAGCUAUUCCAAAUUCGAAAAUCUACCCAAAUCUGGUAAACCCACAUCGAACGAAUGGACGAUCCUCUCGACGAUAACAAUGGAAAUCGAUGGCAAACUUGACAUUGUUUCCCUUGCCACUGGAUCCAAAUGCAUCGGGGCAAAAUCCAUGUCUUCAGAUGGGGAUAUCCUGAACGAUUCGCAUGCUGAAGUCUUAUGCAGACGUGGCUUCAUUAAAUAUCUAUACCUUAACUUAAAUGACCCGAACUUGUUCGUUAAAAACGACAACAAAUUCAAAUUAAAAGAUUCUGUAAAAUUUCACUUCUUCACAACUCACGUCCCUUGCGGCGAUGCUACCAUAUUCCCAAAGAACGCAGAUUUUGAUAACUUGGGUAAUUUACUUGACGAUUCCGAAGAACCAUCAAAUAAAAUGAUCAAACUUGAUACUCAUAGAACAGGAGCCAAGUGCUUGUUGGAGGAUGAAAAAUGCGAUCCAUUGGAAGAUGGUCUCAAUUACCAUGCUGUUGGAGCAGUCAGAACUAAGCCAGGUAGAGGUGAUCCGACGCUUUCCGUCUCGUGCAGCGAUAAACUUGCGAAAUGGAUGCAUCUCGGUCUGCAAGGAUCUCUCUUGAGCAUAUUAAUCGAAGCACCUAUUCAUCUUACAUCAUUUACGAUAGCUGGAGGGACUACCUUUAAUGUUGAAGCUUUAAAUCGCGCCCUGAUUAAUAGAUUUUUGAAAAUUCAAUUAGAACCUCCUUACAAUGAAACAAAGACAUGGUUUAUAGCCCAGAGCGAUGUACCUUUCAAACAUUGCAAGGAUGAAAUGAAGCAAGCGUGCCCAUCAAGCAUAAUUUACUAUAAAAACGAGAAAGCACAGGUAGCUGUGAAUGGAAAAAGGCAAGGAGUAACAAAGAAGAACAGGAAUACAGCUGCUGGUAGGUUAUCUGUGUGCCGUAUAGAAUUGUUCCGGGAAUUUGUGAAAUUUCGUCCGGAUUUUUGUGAUGCAACUUACGAUGAAGCAAAGAAAGCCUCAGAAGAGUACCUACGCAAUUGGGUUAUAUUCAAGGAAAAAGCGUUCAAAGUUUGGCCGCAAAAGUGUAACAAACUUGUACAAUUUAAAAUAAAAUGA